AUGACUACAAGAUCAAGAUCCUUGUCCGAAAAGCUCUUUAAUCAGCAACAAUCUUUGCUCAUUCAAAUUGAAAAGAGCCUUCUCAAAUAUCGAGAAAUUACACCAGAUAAAAGGACAUCAUCAUCUAUCAAAAAUCGUAUUUCUUCAUUGCAAUCCAAGUACGACAGCUUCAAAGAAAAUCAUGUCAUGAUAAUCGAUGAAGAUGAUGAAACCUCUAAGACGUACAACGAUGAAGACUGGAUGAGUAGAUUUGAAGAGAUCUAUAUUAAUGCUCGUUCUGAACUAGAAGAUGAUCUCUAUGUUCUCAUGCCACCCGCUCCACAUUCCGAUUCCCUACCGGAUUUCCAAGGGAUACAAAAUCAAACCAUGAAUCCAACACUGUUAAACACUAUACCUAGCCAGAAAGUAAAUCUUGGGAAAAUCCAACUUCCUUCCUUUGACGGCACGUAUAGUAAUUGGUCCUUGUUCAACAGUUUGUACAAAUCUAUGAUUCAUGAAAACCAAUCCAUCGAUUGUAUCCAAAAAUUUUACUAUCUGCGGAGUUCUCUGACUGGUGAUGCCCUCAAAAUUAUUGGAGAAGUUCCGUUGGUAGCUGAAAAUUAUCAAGAGGCAUAUAAUUUAUUAUGCGAGAAGUACGAAAACAAUUGUAUUCUCUUUUCUAAGCACAUGAAAUCAUUUUCUUCUUUGCCAAUCAUCAAGUCUGAAGAUGCCGCAAGUUUGACUCAGUUACUAAAUGUAUCCAAAGAAUGUAUCUGUGUUCUAAAAUCAUUUGGUUUUGAGUUGAAACAUUUUGAACCUAUACUAGUGUAUUAUCUGGCUGAAAAACUUCCUCAUGAUACACGAGAAUUUUGGGUGCAAUCUUCUGGUCAAAAGAAAGAUAUACCGACUUUUAAAGAAAUAUCUGAUUGUAUCGAAAUUCGAGUUCGCACCAUUGAAGAAAUGACACCGAAUAAAUCCAAUUGGGAGAAGUCAAUGAAAAACUGUACCAGUAUUCGUAAUUGUGCUGAAUGUGGCAAUCGUCACAAUACUUUGCUUCACAAUCCUGCUAUUCAUUUUCCAAAACAAUUACCUUCCUCUGAAACCUCAACAUCCAAAAUAAGUACCUAUUCAGAUAAUGCUCAUGCCAAUUUUCACGUUAAACCAACAAUAUCAAGUCAAAGCGAAGUGUUAUUAGCAACCAUCAUAGUACAUGUCAAAUCUUACGACAAUACUAUGCAUCGAUUCCGAGCACUUUUGGAUUCAGGUUCACAAGCAAAUCUAAUGACUGAACAAACUGCUCAAACCCUUAAGUUACUUCGAAGUCCAAUCCGUGCGAACAUAAGUGGCCUAGCAUCUACAUCUGAGACAAAAUCGAGAAGUAGCGCUGUUAUUAACAUUAUAUCUCCAACCAGUGAUGAAUUGCUAUUAAGUGUAGAUGCAUUUAUAUUGCCUAAGAUAACAAGUCGUUUACCGACUUCUAAAAUACCGUUUCAAUCUUGGCCUCAUCUCGAAAAACUACCACUAGCUGAUCCCACUUUUAAUUCACCUGGGAAAAUUGAUAUUCUCUUAGGGGCAGACUCCUAUGCUCAAAUUAUGAUGAACGGUUUACGAAGAGGUUCACGUAAUGAUCCAAUCGCACAAGAAACUAAACUUGGAUGGGUUAUCUUAGGCCAAGUAAACUUCGAUAAACCGAAACAUAUCAAAAUUUCCAAUUUUUGUUUGCGAUCCGAUAUUGACUCCAUGUUUCGAAAGUUCUUAGAACUGGAGAGUGUCACAGACAAACGCAUUCUUUCACCGGAUGAAAAAUGGUGUGAAUCAUUUUAUGCUGAAACUUAUCGUCGUAAUGAAGAAGGGAGAUUUAUUGUUCGUUUACCUUUCAAAACAUACGUCGAUAAAUCUGCUGUUUUAGGACGAUCAAGAUUAGGAGCAAUAAAUCGUCAAUUGCAGCUAGAAAGAAAAUUUAUCAAGAACCCAGAACUCUACUCAAAAUAUAAGGAAGUCAUGGCUGAUUAUGUCCAACAGGGACAUAUGCAUCGAGUUUCCACUACUGAACAAGACCAUAUAGAAAAUCUCACUCCUAAUUCGAUAUCAUAUAAUUGCAAUUAUAUCCCGCAUCAUGCAGUCAUAAAAGAAGAUAGUUCAACUACCAAAUUGCGAGUCGUCUUUGAUGCGUCUAAAAAGACGACAAAUGGAAAUUCUCUAAACGACAUCUUAUUUACUGGACCUGCUUUACAAAAUGACGUAAUCAAUGUAAUCUUGAACUGGCGUUUCCACAAAGUUGCAUUCAGCGCAGAUAUCGCACAGAUGUAUCGUCAAAUCCAACUGCCUCAAGCCGAUGCUGAAUUUCAACGCAUAAUUUGGAGAAACAAUCUAGAUGAACCAAUGCAAGAUUAUGCUAUUAAUACUGUGAUGUUUGGAGGUUCCUGUUCACCAUAUCUAGCUAUCAAGACUCUUCAUCAAUUAGCAUCUGAUGAGCAAGAAACGUUUCCAUUAGCUGCAAAAGUACUUUUAACCGAUAUCUAUGUAGAUGAUAUUUUUUCUGGCGGAGAUGAUUCAAGAAAAUGGGCAAGUAAUUGUCCCCAGAUAUUAUCAUCAGUUCCACCUGAAGCUCGUGAGAUUCAACAACUUUUAUCUCUCAAUAAAAACGAAACUGUUAAAGCGCUCGGUAUUUAUUGGCAACCUGUUGAAGAUAACCUUUCAUUCAGUUUGAAGUUUGACCUUACCAAUUUACCUAAAACAAAAAGAUCAGUUAUGUCCGUUAUUGCCCGGUUAUAUGAUCCAAGUGGUUGGAUUUCCCCUAUUAUUGUUGUCGCUAAAAUCAUUUUAAAGCGUUUAUGGUUUUUUAAACUUGAUUGGGAUGAUGAGAUUCCCAAUGAACUACAAAAUGACUGGCAAAAUUUCCUUAAUGGUCUAAAAGACUUACCAUCUAUUCGAAUUCCGAGAUGGCUUAAAACAAUGUCUACUAACCAUUCUUUUCAAUUACAUGCGUAUUGUGAUGCAUCUUCAAAUGCUUAUGCAGCUGUUGUAUAUCUAAAAACAAUAUCAUCUGAUGGCUCUAUACAUGUUACGCUGUUGACAUCAAAAACUAAAGUUUCACCUGUUAAACCUUUAUCCAUACCAAGGCUUGAAUUAUGUGGAGCUUUACUUCUCACCAAAUUGCUGAAACACAUAAAAUCCGGAUUGAACAUCAAUAUCUCUGACAAAAAUAUUUUUGCUUAUACAGAUUCUAAAAUUGUUUUAGCAUGGUUGAAUGGGGAUGUCAAUCGAUGGAAAGUUUUCGUUGCUAACAGAGUGUCCAAAAUUUUGGAUACGAUAUCUGUUCAACAAUGGCAUCACAUUCCAACCGCUCAAAACCCAUCAGAUUGUGCUACCAGGGGAAUGUAUCCCAAUGACCUGAUUGAUUACAAGCUGUGGUGGGAAGGACCAUUAAUUUUAAUGCAAAACGAUACUGAAAUCCUGAAUUUAAAUACUACUUAUGACGACGUCAAUGAUGAUGAAAUAUUGGCCGAAGUAAAAACUAAAUACAUCCUUACAAUUACGGUCUCAGAUGAUUUCGUCGAAAGAUUUUCGACUUUUAAUAAGCUUAUAAGGCUAUCCGUUUUGUGUUCUAGAUUUGCUUUUAACGCACGUCAGAAAGAAAAAUCUAAUCGCAUAACUAAACCUAUAUCUACCGAAGAUAUUCAAAUUUGGACACUCUAUUGGAUCAAAGUUGUGCAAGCUUUAUCGUUUCCUAAUGAUCUGGAGCAUUUGAAUUCGAAAAAGAAUUUUUCACAUCAUAGACAGUUCCUUACACUGAAUCCAGAAAAGAACUCUGAUGGCAUCAUAGUUGUUGGAGGACGAUUAGAACAGUCUAAUUUAUCUACUGAACAGAAACAUCCAAUCAUCUUACCUGCUCGACAUCAUUUCACGAAUCUUAUCAUAAGACAAGCACAUUCAAAUACUCUUCAUGGUGGUAUUCAAAUAACUCUAUCGCUUAUCAGAAAAAAGUAUUGGAUUUUGAAUGCUCGAAAUGCUGUACGUGCUGAGAUAAAUAAAUGUAUCACCUGCUUUCGUCAUAAUCCAAAACCUUGUCAACAACUACUGGGUAAUUUACCAUCUUCAAGAGUACAGUUUACUCGUCCUUUUACUCAUACAGGCAUUGAUUAUGCUGGUCCAAUCAACAUUCGUCCAGCUAAAGGAAGAGGAAUAACUUCAAGAAAAGGCUACAUAUGUAUUUUUAUCUGUUUUUGUACUAAAGCAAUUCAUAUUGAAGCAGUCAGUGACUUGUCAUCACAAUCUUUCCUUGCAGCAUUUUAUCGAUUUGUCGCUCGCCGUGGAUACUGUUCUCAUAUUUACAGUGAUAACGGAACUAAUUUCGUUGGUGCAGAUAAGAUCCUUAAACGUAAUAAAUUGGAAUUCCAAAAAACUGUUGAAAAGGACCUUUUGCCAACGUUGAGUAAUCUAAAUAUCUCUUGGCAUUUUAUUCCUCCAGCUUCACCGAAUUUUGGUGGUCUUUGGGAGGCUGGAGUUAAAUCCAUCAAAUACCAUCUUAAAAGAGUGAUUGGAACAUCUACCUUGACUUACGAAGAAAUAUCUACAUUGCUAUGUCAAAUCGAAGCUGUAUUGAAUUCUCGACCGUUAUGUCCACUUACAAAUGAUCCCGAUGAUUUGGAACCUCUAACACCUGGACAUUUUCUUAUUGGUGAACAGUUAUUUUCUCCACCAGAAAGUAAUUUGAUUGACACAACUAUAAGUCCUUUAAAUCGUUUUGAUCUUAUACAAAAAAUGAAGCAAGGAUUUGUAAAACGAUGGAAAAAGGACUAUAUAGGUCGUUUACAAUCACGCCCAAAAUGGUUGAAAAUGGAACGAAAUGUCGGUAUUAAUGAUUUGGUUAUAAUCAAGAAUGAUCAAAUACCUUCAAUUCAGUGGCAAUUAGGUCGAAUUGUUGCAGUUCAUCCUGGAUUGGAUAAUGUUACUGUGACCCAAUUAAAUCGUGUUACUAAAAUCAAUGCAUCAACAAAAGAAGUAUUCUUGAGUUAA